ACAUUCUCUUACAUGACAUGCCCUCUCACUCACAUGCUUCAGGUUCCCGCUACUCCGCCUCUAAAGUAGCUUCCCAUAGACCAGGGCUUCGACUUCCCUACCGCCAGGUGUUUCAACGAUGCAGACGUCCGUCUCUCGUCAUUUCAAGAAAAGCGUUACCUGGACCGCCAAUCGUCUCGUCUCCAGAGCAAGUCCGAGCCAAGUACGCGAACCAGGUCAACAUCGCCGUAGUGUGAGCGACGUCGCUCGCACUGCUCGAUGACUUCCUUAACCCGCAACGGAAGUAAAGCAGCGUGUGCAUGACUUAACCAGGCUUUGAGAUGAUGGAUAUAGUGGCACACUGAGCCAAACAAGGGGUUAGGCUUAUAAAGCUACAGUCUCUAUAGCGUUGCUCGCACAGCUCGAUUGGCUUUGAGUGACCCGUAACGAAAGCUAGGCAGCGUGUAUACUGGACGAUCGCUUCGAGAUGACUAGGCACGGCGAUUAGCUCAAAUCUCGAU